AUGUCGUCCGGUCCGGAAGAUCUCGGCGAGGUCCUUUCGGCAUAUCUGGCGUCUAAUCUCAUGGCCAGAGACUUGCCCCACUCCCCCACAAAACAGCGGGCCGCCCUACAAAUACGCGAACCCAACCUCCCGCCUUCUUUGUGCGAUCCCAUCAACAAAGCAUUGGCGUUCAUAAACACAACCAUCGCAGAGACUCGUCAGAACGGCUAUGUGCGGCUCGACAAGUCCACCGUCAAGACGAUCGCCCUAUGUCUCCAAACAAUAGCCAGUCUGGACGAGUGUUUACAUAUCCGCCGAACCAUCGAGAUCUGCAAGCUCUACUUGGACCACAAGAUGGUUGUUGAGGCAUAUAGCCAACUUACCGAGUUUUACAGCUCAAAACGUGGGCUUGACUCGGUUCAUCUUGAUGAAAUGCUCAAAGGUGUGAAAUCAGAGACACUGUCUCCUUCUAUGAACGCAGAAUUGAUCUUGAUAGCCUUGGAACUCAGUCUCAUGGUCCGAAUACAAAAUAGGGAACAAUCACCGUCGUUCAAAACUAUCAUCGAGUAUACCCCGUUCGAAUUCGUAUCAAGUCUUGAUAGACACCAAAAGAAAAAGCUGCAGUCAAUUCUGUCCGAGCUCUGCACGCUGGAACACGGCAUCUGGUCUCUCUUGCUCCGAUAUCACUCCCUGUUGUUCACCGACCAAUUGGACCUGGAGUUUGCGCUAAACACCAUCGCCGAGUACCAGAUGCUUUCAGACGAAAACGUCUACGCUGCCACGGCCCAGUCUUUCUACAACGUUUGUGUGCGAUGGAAGCUGAACCAAAAGAGCUUUGGGCCGUUGAAUUUCCUGGUUGAAAAGUAUCGCGAAUCGCAGCCAAAGACUGAUACGCUAGAUUGGGCUAGUCUCGUGCCCAAGUCUGUUGUCCCCGUUUCCAACUUUGAAGACUACAUUACCUAUUUAUUGACAACUACAAAAAUCGUGGAAGGAAACACGCCUGAGGCCUUGCUCAAAGCUCUUAAGUUGUCCAGCACGCCAUUGAACAACGAUCCCAUGUUUGCUGCCGAAUCGUGUCGACUCCUGAAACGGCUCGACCUGGAAUCGCCUGCUGACCAGUCUGUGGUGCUGGACAUUCUGCAAUUCUGCAAGAAAACGUAUCCCUGUCUCAACUUCUUCGACAUGGUCACUAUCAAAAUCAAAGACAUGGAUCCUAUCAAGCAGUUCAGUUUUGGAUACCAAGCGUUAAACACUAUGGCUGAUAGCUUGAAGAACCAAUGCCAGCCAAAACGUCUGCGCAACUUCUCAAACUUGUUGUUCCACUUUGGAGGAAAGCUGUUGACCAAAGAUGUCGACUCUUCAGUUGUCUGCUGGAAGAAAGCUCUCGAUAUUGAGGACUCGGUUGCCGAAGAAAGCAGCGACCAAUUUGACCAGCUGAAAAUCAAAUGCGAGCGCAUGGUCAACAUGCUAAUCGAAAGCAAGAACCAUGAACGAUCCUUCGAGUUCAUUCUGCAAGCUUUCCAGUCGUUUGAACAGCUUUAUGGUGCCGUCGAUGUGAACGAGUACCAGCAGAAGAUAGCUGAUACGUUUGGAGUCAUGUUCAAGCUCAUUGUCAAGAUGAUAUCCCGGCUGGACUGUCAGUUUUCGAUCAAAUACUUUGGUGUCCAAGAUAAAACCAAAGCUUUUUGCGCGAUCGAACUGAUUAAGCUGCUCACAUCCGUCAAGCCUUCGAAAAGAGACCAGAUAUCGAAAUUCAUCGUGGAAACCAAGAACGAGUUGCAAGACAACGGUUUGUUCCUGUACUUUUUAUCUUCGAUCUCGUUCAUCAUUGAGUUUGGUUUGGCGCUCAAGUCCAUCCAGGCCUUGCGAUUCGAGUCCAACUCGGUCAUGAGCGAGUAUCACGACAUCAUUGUGGCUCACAUAUACCUGUUGCAAUGCUGCACGCAGAUGGAAGAGAGUUUCCUGAUGAAAUCGCUUGCGGCAGUGUUAUCUUGGGCCAAAGUGGAAAGACCAAAGAUUUCCAAGUACGAGUUUGAAGUUCUGCUGAUGGUGUCCAGAGUGCUCCAGUUUUCCGGGCUCAUGGACUACGCCAGCUACGUUCUGGACCUAUCGCUUCAAACGUGUCAAUUCGGCGAACUCGAGGCAGAGGUGCGGCUGGAGCUUGCGUCGCUGAACCUGGCACUGGGUCUUCCUCAAGAGGCUUUGGAUGGUCUUCCAAAAACACAGCCUGACGAAAUCAUGUCUGUCGUUCAGCUGACGACACUGAGAGCACAAUGCUAUGCCACCAUGAAGGACCAUCGAAGCCAGCAGGAAUGCACGCGUCUGCUGGAGUAUUUCAAAGACAGCCGGCUUCAGGUUGGCAAACAAGCGUCCAAGCUCAACGUGAGCAAACUGCUCAUGCUUGCUGCCAACGUCUCGGUUGUUGUCUCUUUGCACCAUUCUCAAUCCAACAAGAUCGAGGCGGUGCUCAACCUCAAACAGUCGGUGCGAGUGCUACAGUCGGUGAUGAAGAACUUCCUAGUCACCGACGGAACCUCGAUGGAAAUCGACUUGUGUCACAAGAUGGUUCUGAAACUGCAGUUUGUUUCCGAGCUUGUGCGGUCCUACGGUUUGCUCGCAGAUAUGAUGCUCGAGAUCGGACUUUGCAAGGACUUUGAAUACUAUACAACGGAACUGGAGAAAGUCCUGACCCAUCAGUCGUCAAUGGUGUUGAAGACCGGCUAUCUUUUCAAACUGGCAAAGUACCAGCUCUUUCAGGGCAACGCCGUCGCUGCCAAAAAUUUAUUGGACAAGGGUUUGCUGGCGUAUCAACAGAUGCAGUUUGAAAGCUUAUGGGUUGGGUUUGAACAGCUGUGUGCCAAGGAACUGUACUGCCAGAUGACAGGCUAUCCUGAGCUCUUUUCCGCGCGCGACAAAGUGGACUCGUUUUUCCGACUGUUGGCCCAGGACGAGUACGACGGCGGUAACUUUUACCAGCAAGUUGUUCUCGAUCGUCACCUGGCACGUCCGUUGGCGGGAAGCCAGGAAAAACUCGAGUUCCAGAGAAUGAGCUAUUUGCUUAAAGGAAAGGAAAAGACAACCUCCACACGGUCUCGCCUGACAGACACCAAGCUCAAGAUAUAUGAACUCAUUGAUCACGAACUCGAGAGCAUUUUCUCAGGCGACUCGGUAGUUGUUCUGCAAAAAGGACCACUCAACAAGAACUAUGAGACCUGUUUGGUUGAAUGUAUGAGUUGCGAUCAAGAACCAAGACUCGUUAGAGAAGAACUCGUCCGGAGUGUCUACUCUGUUUUGUUUUCGAGCGGGGUGGCUGACUCGCAAAUGUUAACCAAAUCUCUCGCAGCCUACGAAACCGUUCGACAUGAAGUCUUUGAUCUUGACAAGCAGCUGAGCUGUUCUGUCGAGAGCACGAAAAACCUGGUUCCAAGCAGUUGCAAACCGUGUCUGGUUUCUGAUCACCAGUACCUACCACUAUCACUGCCGUCUUCAUGGCUGGCUGUCUGUUUGGAUAUCGAUCUCUAUACGGGAUGUUUGGUUUUGACCCGCCACGCACCAAACAAGAGCCCAGAGCUCUUGAAGCUGCCUUUGGAGAGACAUUUAUCUGGCCGCUAUGCGUCCUUCAAGUCCGCAAUCGAAGAACUGGAAGCUAUCAUCCAUGAAAGCGAUCUAACCACCAAGCCGGAGGUCACCUCGCGUGUCAAGACCAGAGACGACCGUGCAGAGUGGUGGUCAAGACGUAAGCGACUCGAUUCCAGAUUGAAGAACCUGUUGCAAGAGAUCGACAGCCACUGGUUUGGGGGGUUCAAAGGAGUGUUUGGUAAUAAGCUGUUUGCCAGCCAGGACGUUGAGCAGUUCCAACAAUCAUUGGAGUACGUUCUUGGCAAACACACAGGAAGAGAAUUGAAGCUCUCGGAGUUUGAAACAGACAUGUUCUUGCAAUUGGACCUGGCCUCAGACGCUAAACGUACCGACAUUGAGGAUCUGUUGCAACAUUUGCAGAUAUCCGAUGAUGUUUCUCACGACGUGCUGAUGUUUGAAAUUGAAUGCGAGUUACGUAAAGUGAAGCCUGUUGCUCAAAGAGAUCACUUGGUCCUGAUUGUCUCGUCGGAAUGUAUCAAGAUGCCAUGGGAAUCGAUCCCGUUCUUGGCUAGCCGGUCUGUUUCACGGAUGCCAUCUGUGGAAAUGCUGGAGAAGUUGCUCCAAAACUCAGGAAACAAGCUUGCGACCGGAAUUUCUGCUUCCAACGGUUACUAUGUGAUCAAUCCUGGCGGAGACCUGAAACGAACCGAGGCAAACUUCAAAGAAUUGUUCACCCAUCGCGACGGAUGGACAGGAGUCAUUGGCAUGCGACCAUCGGAAGAACAACUGGUGAGCGGACUUGAAGGCAAAAUGUAUAUAUAUGCGGGGCACGGCGGGGGAGAACAGAUUAUCAGGUCGAAGACGAUUAAAAACAUGGACAGACUGCCUCCUGCGCUGCUUCUGGGGUGUUCUUCCGGGAAACUGAAAACAAACGGGGUGUUCAAGCCGUAUGGAACGGUUUAUAACUACCUAACCGGAGGCUGUCCGAUGGUGGUUGCAAAUCUAUGGGAUGUGACAGAUAAAGACAUUGACAAGUUCACUCUGCGGAUGUUUGACAAAUGGGGCUUCACGGGAACCGGAAGCACAGACAUUGGACACAGCAUUGCGGAGAGCAGAAACGUUUGUGUUUUGCCGUACUUGAACGGGGCCGCUCCUGUUCUUUAUGGUCUUCCAUUUAAAUUGUGUAAUGAGUGA